AUGCUUAGAGGUUGUAACAGAGCCUGGACAGGGCUCGGAUCGGUGCGUGCGUUUUCGCGAGUCAGCGCGUUGGGACAGGAGCCCAAGUCGGGCGCCACUUUGGGCGCCAUUCUCAACCAGAAACCAGCACAGAACAAGAAGAAACCUACAAAAUUGAAGCUCGUCAAAUACGUCCUCCACGGCUUCUUCCGCAAAAACAACUCAUUCUUGACACUCUCCAAGGUCGAGUACGACCCUGCGUUUGAACAGAAGAACCCGCAUCUCUCGUUCAACGAGAAGGUGUUGUACUACCUUACGUUGCAAGAAAAAACAGUCUACACACUCAACACCGGUACCGUGGGUUUCCGCGGGGCCCAGCGCGGCGAGUACGAGGCAGGAUACCAGCUGGCGUCGGCGUUUUUCCGUACCAUCAGAGAACGUCAGUACCUCAAACAAGAUGUGAACGUUGAAGUGGUGGUGAAAGAGUUUGGUAAAGGAAGACUGGCCUUUUUCGACGCAUUGACUGGAAAAGAAGGAAUGGGCAUUAGAGAACGCGUGUCGAAACUGUCGGACCUCACACCGGUCAAGAUCGGAGGUGUCCAGGGCCCAACUCCAAGACGGUUGUGA